CAAUGACUUCCGCAACACAAACCUUUGACGAUAUGCAGGAUGCUCCGUCCAAAAUAGCCAACGUCAGCCUGCGCAGGCGAACGGGCGCGAGACGGGCCGAUGCGCUGCAGAACAUUUGUAUCGCCAACUCGGCCCAGUUUCGACAGGAACUAACAGCCCCAGAUCCGCGCCACAGAAAAGGCCUGCAGCAGCUGAGACGCAUCGUCGACUGCGUGCUCAAGCUCGACCUCGAGACGACGCUCUUCCUGACCAAGGACACGUCGUCCGACAGCCAGCGCGCAAACAUCCAGCACCACUUCCGCCGGCGGUACGAGGGCAUCCACCCCGUCUCGGACUGGCUCGACAAGGAGCUCUCGGCCAAGCAAGCCUCGGGGAUCGACGUGGACGGAGAUGACGACUACGACACGCUCGGCGAGCUGACGGAGCGGCAGCUGGGCUCGAUCCUGCGCGAGACCAACGCGGCCAAGUUCUGGCCGCGCAUGCUGCUGGGCCGCAUCGCCGAGCUCAACGAGCAGCACAUUGUGCACAGCCGCAUGCGCGAGGACCUGGCCGGCGCCUUUGAGCUGUCGCUGGGGAUGCUGCUGGAGCAGGCGCCCGAGACGCAGGGCGAGUACCUGUCGCUCGUAGUCGCCAACCUGCAGUCGGCCGAGCUGCGCCUCGCAAAGGUCGUCGAGCGCGCCGUGGUGCUCCGCGACCGCGUGCGCGCCGCCGUGGCCGCCGACGAGGAGCCCACGCUGCUAGACCAGGAGAUGCUGGACGCGCUGAGGCGGCGCCUGACCGCCCUCGAGGAGGCGCACUACUUUGAGGCCUGGACGCUGGUCAAGGACAAGGACUCGCGGCUGGGUGGUGUAGAGAACCAGCGGCUGACGGACCCGGAGGAUGUGUGGCGACCCCGAGAUGAAGAGCCUCAGGCCCAGGAAACCCAAGUGGUGGUCGCGGAAACACAGGGCGCGUCCAUGGCGGCGCUGAUGGGGCUGUCGAUGGCGGUGACUUUGCUGGCGAUGCUGCCGGCGUGCGUGGGGUUCUACCGGCUCGAGGACGCGCGCGGCGGCUGGUUCGACGCGGACUUUUGGGCGCUCGUGGCCAGCGCGGUGCUACAGCUGCUGGGGCUGCUGGUCCAGCUCGUGGCGCCGCUCGCGUCUCCCGACAAAUUCCGCAGCGCCCUGCCGGCCGAGGCCAAGCACCUCGUCUGGGGGUUCUCGGUCGUCGUGUGUCUGUGUACGGUGGCGGCCAUGGUGCUGUACGGGUGCGUGUCGCUGCUGUGGUCGGCCAUGGUUGGCUUCGUAGCGCAGGCGUUUCUUGGCGUGAUCCAGCUCGUUCUCGUUUUUAGCAGAUAGAAUCGACGUCAUGCUACCCCGCCGAGCCCCGCGAACCCGAGUAAUGCGGUUCUGUAAGCAAAUGUCAUGAUGGGUCAACUGCUUGA